AGCGCCCCUUGCGGCCUGACGGUUGGUACACCCAGCCGUCAGAAAGGGGGAGGGUAACCGUCAACUGUAGACUGUGUAGAGAGGCCCAACCGUCAGUCGUCACAGCGCCCCUAGCGGCCUGGAAAGGAGGUACACCCAGCCGUCAGAAAGGGGGAGGGUUGCUCCAGCCGUCAGGAAGGGAGUAGCUUCGCUCCAGCCGUCAGAAAGAGGGAGGGUACCCAAGCCGACAGCCGUCAGAGCACCCCUAGCGGCCUGACGGUGCAAUAGUGCAAAACCUCAUUCGAGCUCCGUCAGCCUGACGGUGCAAUAGCGCAAAACCUCAUUCGAGCACCGUCAGCCCGACGGUGCAAUAGACCUGACCGUUUUUUAAGCAAAGAAGAAUUAUUAGCUAGAGGAGGCUUGGAAAAACAACGAGCUCCUAUACAUUGGGAUGGUAACGACCACUUGGCUGCAGGACUGAAGGCUUCCAGAUGCAAGGACGUGAGCGAGAUGAUGAAAACUUUUCAUCACACAAUGACAGGCAAUACUGGACCGAUUCCGCGCCUUCCAAAAACCGAAAGUGGAUAUCUUAAGCCUGAUGGUGGCGUUAUUCCAUCGAUUGAUGUGCAACAGGACGGGUUUGGAUUGUGGUGCCAGGAAGAGGGGCAUCAAGGCAAGGUUGAUAACACCAACAUGGACGACAUCUGCAAACCAUGCGAUGAAACCGGAGCUUCCAUGAAGUCUAUGGUUCAAACCUGGUCCUGCCCCCCACUGGAAUUGAUCAAAUGUUCUGCUAACGGAUUUUUAGUCGUUUGUGCAACACGAUCUUCCAAUGGAGAAUUCAUUCCCAAACAUUUCUUCAAAAAGUUGCAUGAUUCCAUCAACGAAAAUUCACGGAUAAUCAGAGGAUUCUUGCGGGAGCAAACGGGUCUCGAAUACGAGAUCCAUAUCAUCCAAGAAGUUGCUGCCAAGGGAUCUAUUCUGGCUACAGAAGAUGCCAUGAUACACCACGACCGUGCUGGCGCUGGAAAAACAGAAUUACAUUUGCCGCUGGGAUACGCUGCCUCCAUUCUCCAAUAUCACUAUGCCCAAAAUUGGAAAAUUGGGUAUAUGAUGAAUUGCCCAGGAGAUUACAACGGCAAAAUCUCUAACUAUAUUGCCAACUUGAAGAACUUUGAAAUUGCUGGAAUAGAACCAGCAUCCGUUAUCUUUAUGACGUACGUAUUAGAAGCCAAGGAAACAAACAAGGAAACGGGGGAAAAAAUCUGGGGUAAACCCAAAAAUUUCACCAUUUUCUCUGGUCAACAAAUGCUUGACAGGAUUGAAGAAUGCCGUACCCCAUAUGGAUACCGGAUUCCUAAAUCCGAAGAAACAACCGUUGACGGAUUCAUUACUUCGGCAUCAAACCAUGCAGCAACGCGUAAAACCAGGAACGCACAUCGGAAAAAUCAAGAACAACCGAAGAAGAGGCAAUAGCCUAAAGCAACAUUGUUUUUCGUCACAGUUUCACAGAACGGGGAAAAAAACCAGACGCGUGGAAUGCGGUGUGACCGGCCAUGGAAGAGUUUUCACUUUCGCCAACUUUUCACUUUUCCUUAAUUUAAAAAAUUAAGAAUUCUCUCCCCUUUUUUGUGUAAUUUUUACUUUCCCCUCCCCUCUUUGUGUCUCACAGUCCAUCCUACAAUUAUCAUAGCUACUCUGCCGGGCUGUCUACUGCUGUAUCACUACGGGAAUAAAUAUCUAUUCAAAAGG